UUAAUCAAGGGAUCACUUUUCCGUGCUAUUCUGACAAGUCGUCUUCUUCUUCUUCGCCAUCUUGAGGCAGAGGUAUAACCAUGGCGUUCAACAUAACCUCCAUCAAAACGUCGUCGAAUGGAGCCUGGCAAGGCGAUAACCCCUUGGACUACGCAUUCCCACUUCUCAUCAUCCAAACUACCUUAAUCCUCCUAGUCAGCCGCUCCCUCGCCUUCCUCCUCAAGCCCCUUCGCCAGCCCAAAGUCAUCGCCGAGAUUGUCGGAGGAAUCGUACUAGGCCCCUCGGCUUUUGGAAGGAACAAAACAUACAUGCACCGUGUAUUCCCUUCAUGGAGCACUCCCAUUCUUGAAUCCGUCGCCAGCAUAGGCCUUCUCUUCUUCCUCUUUCUCGUAGGGCUCGAAUUGGACUUGAAUUCCAUCCGCCGCAGUGGUAGGAGAGCUUUUACUAUUGCAGCCGCCGGAAUUUCCCUUCCUUUUGUUUGCGGCUUCGGCGUCGCCGUCGUUCUCCGCAAAACCAUCGACGGAGCCGAUAAGGUUGGUUUCGCCCAAUUUCUCGUCUUCAUGGGAGUCGCGCUUUCCAUCACCGCAUUCCCCGUGCUCGCCCGUAUCCUAGCAGAGCUCAAGCUCCUAACCACCCGUGUCGGAGAGACUGCUAUGGCCGCCGCAGCAUUUAACGACGUCGCCGCGUGGAUCUCUGCUCUCGCCGUCGCUCUCGCGGGGGACGCCGGAAACCAGAAGAGCCCUUUGGUAUCGGUCUGGGUGUUGCUAUCGGGCCUUGGUUUUGUGAUCUUCAUGACGGUCGUGAUCCGACCUGUGAUGAAACGGGUGGCCCGGAGGUGCUCGUCGGAGCAUGAUGCCGUGGACGAAGCUUAUAUUUGCUUGACUCUGGCAGGAGUGAUGAUCUCGGGGUUCAUGACGGACCUCAUUGGGAUCCAUUCGAUAUUCGGGGCCUUCGUGUUCGGGUUAACCAUUCCAAAAGGCGGUGAUUUUGCGGACAGAUUGAUAGAGAGGAUCGAGGAUUUCAUUUCUGGUUUGCUUCUUCCGCUUUAUUUUGCUUCGAGUGGGUUGAAGACUGACGUGGCGAAAAUCAGAGGUGCGGAAGCAUGGGGGCUUCUGGUGCUGGUGAUAUCGACGGCGUGCACUGGCAAGAUACUGGGAACGUUCGCGGUGGCGUUACUGUGUAGGAUGCCGGCGAGAGAGGCUCUGACUUUGGGUUUGCUCAUGAACACCAAAGGACUGGUGGAGCUCAUCGUACUCAACAUUGGAAAAGAAAAAAAGGUUCUGAACGACGAGAUGUUCGCCAUCCUCGUCCUGAUGGCUCUGUUCACCACCUUCAUCACAACCCCAACAGUGAUGGUCAUCUACAAACCCGCUCGCGAUAUCUCCUCCCGCACCCACCGCAAGCUCGGCGACCUCACCUCUAACUCCAAGAACGACGUCUCAGACGAACUCCGUGUCCUCGCCUGCGUCCACGGUCCCGGCAACGUCCCUUCCAUUAUCAGCCUCAUCGAGUCCACUCGCAGCACCAAGAACUCCUCCCUCAAGCUCUUCAUCAUGCACCUCGUGGAGCUCACCGAACGCUCUUCCUCCAUCAUCCUAGCUCAACGUGCUCGCAGGAAUGGCUUCCCCUUCUUCAACCGCUACCACGGCGCCCACUGGCACGACCCGCUCUCUGGGGCUUUCCAGGCCUACAGCCAACUGGGCCGGGUCGCCGUCCGGCCCACGACCGCGAUCUCCUCUCUGACCACCAUGCACGAGGACGUAUGCCACGUGGCGGAGGAAAAGAGGGUCACCAUGAUUAUCCUGCCCUUCCACAAACAGUGGAGGAGGAUGGAGCGGGAGAAUGAGGACAAAGGAAGUCACGAGAUCAUGGAGAAUGUGGGCCAUGCGUGGAGAGUUGUCAACCAGAGAGUGAUGAGGAACGCGCCUUGCUCCGUGGCGGUGCUGGUGGACCGUGGAUUUGGGGACGGGUACCAAACUCCAGGCCCAAAUGUUACUGUGGCCCAAAAUGUUUGCGUCCUGUUCUUUGGCGGGCCCGAUGAUCGCGAGGCCCUGCAAUUGGGCUCAAGAAUGGCCGAACAUCCCGUGGUUAAGGUGACGGUGGUGAGGUUCGUUGAGGCCGAGAGGGAUGCCUCAAGAAGCACCGAACUCGUGGUCCGCCACUCCCCGAGGCCGAGGAACAUCAGCGACAAUAUCUACAGCUUCUCCACCGCCAAAAUGGACCGCCAGACGGAGCAGGAGAUGGAUGAGGCGGCUGUGGCAGAGUUCAGGAGCAAGUGGGAGGGAGUGGCGGUGUAUAUGGAGAAGGUGGGGAGAAACAUAGUGGAGGAAGUGAUGGCAAUAGGGAGAGGCGGUGGUUACGAUCUGAUAGUAGUGGGGAAGGGGAGGUUUCCGUCUAGGAUGGUGGCGGGGCUGGCGGAGAGGCAGGCGGAGCACGCAGAGUUGGGGCCGAUAGGGGACAUUCUGUCGUCGUCAGAGAACGGAGUGGAGGCAUCGGUGCUGGUGGUUCAGCAACAUGACGUGGCGCUCGCGGAGGAGGCCCCCGUGUCCAAGGGACACGCUGGCAAGUCCGACAACCAGGAGUCUUCCGGUGCCAGUACUGCCACGGAAUCCUCAGUGGCAAGCCACAAUAUAGUGUAAUGACUGUUGUGAAAUCUCGAAGUGUUGUGCUUGUAUCACAUUGUAUGUAUCAAUAUUGGAUCAUUUAUUUUAUUUUAUUUUUGACCAAAA